CGAAGAAAAAAACUUACCAACCUUGCUGAUAACUUUCCUCUCUUUUCUCUCUCUUUAGUCACCGAUGUGGAGCUGAAGAGGCUGAAAGAUGCCUUCAAGAGAACCAGCGGCCUCACCUAUUACAUGACCCAGCAGUGCUUCUACAGGGAAGUGCUGGGAGAUGGAGUUCCCCAUAAAGUUGCAGAGGUGAUCUACACCUCAUUUGGAGGCUCGUCCAAAGGGCUUCACUUCAACAAUCUGAUCGUGGGUCUGGUGCUUCUGACCCGAGGACGCGAUGAGGAGAAGGCCAAGUACCUCUUCAGUCUGUUUGCCAGUGAUCUGGGUGGAUAUGCUGCAAGGGAAGAUAUCGAAGCGGUUCUGCAGGUCCUGGAUGGAGAAGUCCCGACCUCCCUCAAGAAGUGUUUCAGUGAGGGUGACAAGGUGAACUAUGAGCGCUUCAGGAACUGGCUCCUACAGAACAAGGAGGCCUUCACUCUGUCCAGAUGGCUCCUGUCUGGAGGCGUGUGUGUCACGCUCACCGAUGACAGCGACACGCCCACCUUCUACCAGACCCUGGCUGGCGUCACACACUUGGAGGAGUCAGACAUUAUAGACUUGGAGAAGCGCUAUUGGCUGCUGAAAGCCCAGUCCAGAACUGGCCGCUUUGACUUGGAAACCUUUGUCCCAUUGGUCUCUCCUCCCAUCCAUGCCUCACUGAGUGAAGGCUUGUUUCACGCCUUCGAUGAGAAUCGGGACAAUCACAUCGACUUUAAAGAAAUCUCUUGUGGACUCUCGGCGUGCUGCAGGGGGCCUGUCGCUGAAAGGCAGAAAUUUUGCUUCAAAGUGUUUGAUGUGGACCGUGAUGGGGUUCUGUCACGAGAUGAACUCCAUGAAAUGGUGGUGGCCUUGCUGGAGGUGUGGAAGGAUAAUCGCACAGACACACUCCCUGAGCUACACAGUAGCGUGUCAGACAUAGUAGAGGACAUUCUGAAGAUGCAUGACACAACCAAGCUGGGUCACCUGACCCUGGAAGACUACCAGAUCUGGAGUGUGAAGAGCGCUUUGGCCAAUGAGUUCUUAAACCUGCUUUUCCAGGUCUGCCACAUAGUGCUGGGGCUCAGACCUGGUACUCCUCAGGAGGAGGGACAAAUCAUCAGGUGCAUGUCUGACCUCUUUAACUGUCAUGUCAUUGUAUACAGCUUUGAGGAAUAUGCUACAGAGGAGACCACAGUCCUCGACCUAGACGUUAGCAAGUUUCAUGAGAUGUCUUCAGACGAGCGAUAUGAACGUCUGGUGAUGCACUGGCAGAGCAGCGGCGGGUGUAGUGCUGGGCUGAUGGAAGACGAGGUGCCAUCACUGGAGGACAACAGUAUUUCUUGUAGUCGGCUCAAAGUCUCAUCCCAUGCCCUGGUGUCGGCCAUCUUCUUCCUUCACCACUUUGGGAGGAACUGCGAGUAG